CACGUCACUUUGGUUGACAAUGCGGGAGCACGAGGCCAAGUCGUACAUGCUCGUGCCAACCGAGAUGGCCCAGAGCCUCGGUGCGGGCUGGAGCGCGGAGCUCAAGGAGCUCGGGCGGUCGGUCGAGAGCAACAUGUACAUCAUCGGCGCGUCCGUCUACAAGGACUGCCGCCUCCUCUGCAUCGGUGGCACGCCGAGGACGAUCGACGCGGGCCUGCGCGUGCUAAUGCCACACAUGCAAAAGCUCCUGCGCGCCAAGCCCAAGCCGACCUUCCUGACCGCCACAUACAUGCACGACAAGUCGGUCGUGCCCAUUCGAUCCGACUUUGCGGCGUACCUCUCGGAGCAUGCGUCGGGGCGCCUCCAGCACGUCGCCGACGCCACUCACACGCACAUCUACAUUGAAGACAUCGAAGAGAUGGAGAUAGCGUCGCCGCUGCGCCGGCUGCACAUUACAGGCGCGGCCGACAACGUCAAGGCCGCUUGCAACCGGCUCCACCAAGUGCAAGUCGACUUUGAAGCGUUGCCGUCGGACCCGACUCGCCUCGUGUAUACACUCCGCAUCGUCUUGCUCAACCGUGACGUCAUGAGCGCCAACAACUCGCGCAUGGUGGUGACAGCGUCGUCAACCUUCGGUUGA